AGAUGAGAGGACAAGCAAGAAGAGAGAAAAAAAAGUCAGGGGAAAGUCUAAGAGCUACCACGGUUUUAUCUGCCUGGUUUGAAGAGGUCAACUGGUAACAGAAAGAUAAAAAAGCUACUGAGAAGCAUGGUACUCCCUCAACUCAAGCUAAUUUUCCUGGCUGUUCUCCUGCUGUUGCUACUUGGAACCCAUGCAGAUGACCAAAGUCAUUGUGUCAACAACGUCUGCUACACUGUUCAUCUGGGCAAACAAAACUUUCAGAAUGCCAAAGAUAAAUGCAUUUAUAAUGGAGGGGAUCUGGUUACCAUAAAAAGUCAAGAAGAAGCUGAGCAUGUAAAAAACUUGCUUUUGCAACUAAACAGCAGCCUAACAGAUACUCCUUUAAAGCUUUGGAUUGGACUCCAGCUGAAUAAGAAUAAGUGCUACGUGCCCCACAAGUUGCUAAAAGGAUUUUCCUUGGUCACAGGAGAUAAGGAAACUGAAGAAAGCCAGUUCUCUAACUGGAUGCAAGAACCUAAGAGUACUUGCACACAAGUCCGGUGUGUUACCAUUCACUUGGACUUCAUGUCAACUGAGAAUUACAAAUGGUUGGAUGGCAAGUGCAUAAAUCCUGUUGAUGGCUACCUCUGCAAAUUCCAGUUUAAAGGUAUGUGCAAACCAGUGGCCCUUGCAGGCCCAGGAAAUGUUGAAUACUUUGCCCCAAUUGAAAUGUCAACUGCAUCUUUGUCUUCACUUCCCCAUGGCUCUAUGGCUACAAUACGUUGUGAGGAUAAUAGUGUAAGUCAGAUAGUCUGCAAAGAACACGAGGAUGGAAAUGGCUUUCAUUGGGAUUCUGAAGGACCUCUGUGUGCUUCACCAAACCUUGGUUGUGAUUACAACAAUGGAGGCUGCGAGCAGGAAUGUAUUAGGGACUUAAUAACAUGGUCUGUUCGCUGUGGUUGCAGAGAUGGCUAUGUUCUGGCAUCGGACCUGAUAUCAUGUGUUUUACCCCAAAAUUGCCAGUCCAACCCAUGCCAGCACAGAUGCACAAACAGCUAUCAAGGCUAUGAAUGCACAUGUAUUGAGGGAUAUGAACUUUCAGAAAACAAACUAAAUUGCACAGAUAUAGAUGAAUGUCAGCAGAAGCCUUGUCAACAAGUGUGUACCAACACAUUAGGUAGCUUUGAGUGCAGUUGCAAAACAGGCUACAUGCUACAUGACAACAAGUGUCUUGAUCAAGAUGAAUGCAUUAACUCUCCUUGUGAACAUGGCUGUUUGAAUACAGAUGGCUCCUUCUACUGCUCCUGCAAAUAUGGAUAUGAAGUUGGCAAUGAUCGGUUGUCUUGUCAUGAUGUAGAUGAGUGUACUAAGUCACCAUGUGCUGAGAUGUGCAGUAACGUCCCUGGGAGCUAUGUCUGCUUUUGUCCAGAUGGAUUCCUGUUAUCAUCCGAUGGCAUCUCUUGCUACCCGGACACAUUAAAUCAAAAUACCAAUACUAGUGGGCAGGUUGGUCAAGAGAUGAAACCUAAAGGCAAUCAAACCAUAAACAGUUUUGAUAACACAGAUCACUCUACCACCAGCUCGAUGUCUCCAGAUUCCUUAAAGGACGCAUCAGUCAUAGAGAACACUAUACAACUGGUAACCUCUCCCAUGACUUCCGAGUUUGAUAGUUCUUCUGGAGAUGAGCUUGUGGAUAAGGUUUCUAGUGAUCAAACUCCUGGGCACAGGACAUUGAUACUAGUCAGUACAAUUUGUGCCUGUGGGGUUUUGUUACUGUUGGCUGUGGUUGCAGGCAUUGUGUGCUACAAAAGGAGAAAUUCCGAAAAAGAGGAUGACUAUAAGCCACCCAGUGCAACCGAUAAUUAUUGUUGGGUACCUGAACAAUCUGAAAACAAAGUACCAAACAAUGAAUAUGGUAACGACUUCAGAAGAUAGUACACCGAAGUCUGUAAGGAUCAUAUUGUUGCUCUUUAUUAAAAACUGAAUUAAAAAGUUAAGCAGAACUGUGAGAAAUAAUGACAUUGUUAGGAUUUUUAUAGUUAAUUGCCGUAUCUUGUUGUAUGUGCUUUUAGAAACAGGUGAAGAACAGUCAGUAAAAGUAAUAUUUCCUAGAUCAUAUAUACAUAUUUUUUAUUAUGCAUUGAAUGAUGGCUCAUUUUAAUGCAUAUUUAGGAUUUUGGUCGAUAUUAAAUAAUGCAAAACUGUGGCAUUUCUAGAGCAAAGUGCUAAAUCACAAGCAGUCACCACAGAAACCACAGGGCGGUUGCUGAUAAUUGCUCCAUAUUUGUCAAUCUACUAAUUUUAGUACUAAUGAUUUUUAUUAGCCCAUUGUAUGUAUAAGAUUCAUGAUGUUGAAAAUUAGCACAAGAGGGUUUAUUUACAAAAGUCAGUAAUUCAAAGUGAAUUCAAAUUGCAUUUCAAAUGAAAGGUCAAUAUAGCCAAAAAUUUCUCUAAGUCAACCUAACAUGAGAAUUGUGAGGGAUUCAAAGUGGAUUUCACAUUUAAGGUUAAUGUAGCCAGACUGGAAGCCUAGGGGACAUAGAGAAAUUUCCAUUUUGUUUACUUACACUUCAAUAUGAAAUUCAAUUGCAUUCACCUUGAAUUUCCCACAGUUCUCAUUUCAAUAAAUAACCUUACUAGUUUUUAUUUUGCAUUGCUAAAUGGUCUAUUCAGAAGAAUAUCUGGGAACAUCAAUCACCUCUAUUCAAGCAGGGCUUUCCACUGUGACAUAGUAUAAAAAAAAAAAAAAAAAAAAAAAAAAAAAAUCACAGAUUAGUAUGCCCAAGAAUCGGAAAGGCCACCAUAGCAAAUUAAAUAGUGAACUGUGGUGAAUCGAGAAACUGACCUGCGAUCUUGAGAUUGAGGUAAAAUCACGAAGAUGUAUUCAAUAAUAGUGAAUUUAUUCAAACUGAAAACUGUAUUGCAAACUUAUUUGUAAAAAAAACCUCUAUAUUAGAUAUGUCACUCCUUGACCAUUUUAGCCUGAAAUAUGCAAUUUAAUUUUUAGUCCACUACAAAUCACAGUUUAGUGAACAAAUCCCUAGGAAUGUAGGUCAGAUGCUGAGAGUUCCUAGGUCUGUUGCUGUGCUGUAUACUGAUGGUGAAUACACAUGUAUUGCAUACAAUGUCAAAUGUGAAUAUA